UACUAACUGGUCUACUCUGUACACGGCACGAGCAAACGACCCAAAAAUGGACGCCGCCGUCGUCGCCAUCGCCGGCGACGGGGACGCCGACGCCGGCCACCGCCGUCCUCUCCUCGCCUCCGCCGACGACGACGACGAGAUCCGCCCCUACCCCGCAUCAUCCCCUUCGCCGCAGCACCCGGCGGGGGCUGAGCGGAAGCCGCGGCGGGUCGCCUCGCUCGACGUGUUCCGCGGCCUCACCGUCGCCAUGAUGAUACUGGUGGACGACGCCGGCGGGGCGUGGCCGGGGAUGAACCACUCGCCGUGGCUCGGGGUGACGGUGGCCGACUUCGUCAUGCCCGCCUUCCUCUUCAUCAUCGGCGUCUCCGCCGCCCUCGUCUUCAAGAAAACACCAAACAAAACAGUGGCAACUAAGAAGGCUGCAAUCAGGGCCAUCAAACUUUUCAUCUUGGGUGUAAUUUUGCAAGGAGGAUAUAUUCAUGGCAGACACAAUUUAACUUAUGGCAUUGAUUUGGAUCAUAUUCGAUGGCUAGGUGUGCUGCAGAGGAUAGCUAUUGGAUACUUUCUAGCGGCAAUUUCAGAGAUUUGGCUUGUCAACAAUAUUUCAGUGGAUUCAGCUAUAUCAUUUGUGAAGAAAUACUUCAUGGAGUGGAUCGUGGCCGUAAUGAUUUCAGCACUUUAUGUUGGCUUGCUACUCGGCCUUUAUGUUUCAAAUUGGGAAUUUAAAGUUCAAACUAGCAAUUCAAUCCUUACAAUUCCAACUCCGGGCAACGAAAUUGGAAUGAAAAUGAUCCAGUGUGGAGUUAGAGGUAGUCUUGGGCCACCUUGCAAUGCAGUUGGAUUUGUAGAUCGAGUUUUACUUGGUGAAAAUCACCUGUACAAGAACCCAGUCUAUAAAAGGACUAAGGAAUGCAGUGUUAACUCUCCUGAUUAUGGACCACUUCCUCCAAAUGCACCAGACUGGUGCCUGGCUCCAUUUGAUCCCGAGGGUUUGCUAAGUACAUUGAUGGCUGCAGUGACUUGCUUUGUUGGAUUGCAUUUUGGACAUGUUUUGGUUCAUUGCAAGGAUCAUUCACCUCGAAUGCUAUUAUGGCUACUAGCUUCCACUGUGUUAACAGUCUCAGGAUUUCUACUUCAGUUAUUAGGCAUGCCUUUCAGCAAGCCUUUGUACACGGUGAGCUACAUGCUACUAACCGGUGGGGUAUCUGGAUUCCUGCUGUUGUUGCUAUACUACAUUGUUGAUGUCAUCAAUAUCAAGAAGCCGUUCAUCCUAUUCCAGUGGAUGGGCAUGAACGCGCUUAUAGUGUAUGUUCUUGCUGCUUGUGAGAUCUUCCCUACACUUGUGCAAGGGUUCUAUUGGAGAUCACCUGAAAACAACCUGGUGGAUUUGACUGAAUCUCUGCUUCAGACAAUCUUCCACUCCAAACGCUGGGGAACCUUGGCGUUCGUCGUCUUGGAGAUCAUCUUCUGGUGCCUGGCUGCUUGUUUCCUCCACAUGAAAGGCAUAUACUUGAAACUGUAGCUGUAGAGCCAUUCAUUUCCCUGCAAAAACACAUUUUCUGCAGAAAAUGUUCUUUUUUGGCCCAAGCAAGGGCCUUCCUUGUAAAUCUUCUGAAACAAUUCUCUGUAAAUGCACUUCCUCCAUUUGUACACUGCAACUGAAUUGAUCGCCCUGAUGUAUCAUUUUGUAAAUUCAAUGCGUGGAUUUAAUUGUAAAUUGGUCCUUCUCUCCCCUA